AUGGUCUGUCACUCAUUUGCUCCGCUCGUGGUUCUUGUCGCAGUCCUAUUCUUCCUGCAGGCCCAAGGAAGCCCUGUGGUGUUCCAAAAACGCGGCAUCUGCGCCACCACGGAUCCAGAUCCUUCCUUUCUCGACGCCCUUCAAAAUGUCCGAUCUGAUGAGACCCGGCCAGACGAAGUUGGCUCCGAAGCCCGUCACGCACCCAUCGAGAUCGGAACAUGGUUCCAUGUUGUGAGCAGCAAGGCACAAUCCUCAGAGGUCUCUGAUGACAUGAUCAAUUCCCAGCCUAAACCAGUGCCAGAGGAUUGGCUGGGACUUCGUAGAGCUAAAGAAGUUCCACAGCUUUCCAUUCUUAAAGACGCCUACCGAGAUGCUGGCAUCACAUAUCGAUUGCAGGGCGUGACACGCAGCGUGAACGAUGCCUGGUCUCGCGAUGAAGAUGAUAUUGGAAUGAAGACCGCUCUUCGCAAGGGCAGCUAUCGCACUCUCAAUGUCUACUUUCAAACCAAUUUGCAAGCAGCACCUGGGCAGUCUGGACGUGCCCAUGUCGACGCGCGAGCCGCAGGUCUUGCAGAUGAUCUAUCAGCGAGCGUAUUGGGAUUCUGCACCCUUCCUGACCCCAAGGUGAACGCAAGCAGUCCGCGUGGCGACUAUAUCAAAGAUGGUUGCAAUGUUUUGGCCAAGACACUCCCCGGGGGUUCUCUGGACCUCUAUAAUCGAGGCGGUACCACUAUCCACGAAAUUGGACACUGGAAUGGCCUCCUGCACACUUUCCAGGGAGAGUCCUGUGAUCCCAGCAAUCCUGGCGACUAUAUUAGUGAUACGCCGCAGCAAUCUUCACCCACCUCCGGGUGCCCUGCUCGCAGGAAUUCUUGCCCUGACUUACCUGGAGACGAUUUAGUGCACGAUUUCAUGGACUACUCAUCUGAUGUCUGUUACGAUAGCUUCACGCCUGGCCAGAUCAAACGUAUGAGAAAUAUGUGGGCGAGCAUGAGAGAAGGUAAAUGA